CUCAUCAACAACGCCGACAUCUCUUCGUGUUAUUUCGCCGCUCAGACGCUGAGGACUAAGAUUCAGCACAAUUUCCACGAAUUGCCGGAAGACUCGUACUCUUCGCUGAAAGACUCGAUUAUCAAGCAUUUGGUGGCCAUCGAUGAGAGUGUCGUUCAGACACAGCUCUGCCUUUCCAUCACUUACUUAGCCAUAUUAGUGCCCAAUUGGACGAAUCCGAUCCAAGAGUUGGCCACUCAAGUGCCCAACGCAUCCAUUUUAGUGGAAAUACUCACGUGUUUGGCCGAAGAGCUCGACGGCGACCACAAGACCAUUAAAGUGGACCCAAGAAGACGGGAAACGUUCACUGAUUACAUGAAAGGCAUCGCUCCUCAAGUCAUACAACUGUUGACCACAACUCUAAACGAAGCGAAGAGUAAUUGGAGGCCAAACAGUGGCCAUAAAGAAGAGAAAAUGAUUACAAAGGUUUACCAUUGUUUGGGCGCUUGGCUUCACAUUAUGGACAAGAAAGACAUUAACCUAAUAGAGCCGAUACUGUCGUCCAUCUUCGAGUCCCUGCGCAACGCCGACUGUCCGACACUCAUCCACGACAACGCAUCCAACACUGUCUGCAGUGCAGCCAUUCUUUGCGAGGAUUACACUAAAUACCAACAGUUG